UGAGCAGACAUAUGGGUCUAUGAAAUACAGUGGAACUGUUUAUGUACCAUCAGACAAGGGAGAUAACUACAUUGGAAUAGUGUUUGGUUAUGUUAACAAUAGGAAGUUUUAUCUCUUGUCAUGGAAACCAACUAAUUACAAUUUUGAAACUACAACUUUUCAGACUGGUCUUAAAGGACUCAACUUAAAGGUAGUGAACUCCAAUACUGGUCCUGGACAAACAUUAGCUUAUGCUCUAUGGCACAGUAGUACAACAGUGAACCAGGUUACAGUACUAUGGCAGGAUGGUAACAUGACAAGAUGGAGUAAUUACACAUCAUAUAAAUGGUUCCUAUGGCAUUAUACAGAUUUAAAUAAGAUCAGAUUCCAAUUGUAUGAUGUAGAUUCAUUAUUAGCUGACAGUGGUGACAUCUAUGACACCAGUAUAACUGGAGGUCGUGUUGGAGUGUACCAGUUUGGCCAGGAAUCAGUUUUAUGGUCUGAUCUGAAGGUCCAGUGCCUCCCCAGAGACAAUAAAGCUUUGUAUCUUGAUGGAGUGGAUGAUUAUAUUGUACUUACCAAUAUCACUCGUUUAGACAUUUAUCAAAGUUUUUCCGUUGGACUAUGGAUUAAGAUAGACUCAUUGGCAGGGGGUGAUAUGCCAUUAUUUUGUACAGACACUAGAACUAUAUGUUUAUGGUUAGAUGGAGGUGUUGUACAUGGAUCUUACGGAAACAAUGCAGUAACAUCAACAUCCACUAUCAAUACAAACCAAUGGAUCAGUUUAUUGUACAUAUAUGAUGAAUCAGAAUACUUAAUGACUUUGUAUGUGAAUGGAAACUCAGUUGGUGUAACUGGUGAUGUUUCUCCUAUUGACCUGACACAAUAUACCACAGAUGAAGACACUAUAUUUUACCUGGGGAAAAACACCAAUAACUUCUAUAAAGGCAAUGUUGAUGAGUUUGUGUUUUAUAAUGUGGCACUGCUAGGAACAGAAGUAAAUGAUCACAUCCAUUUACCUUCAAUCACAAAAUACCCAACAUACCACAGAUAUGGGCAGCUAUACUAUAAAAUGGAUCAGACUACUGGUGCCCUGUAUCUGAAAGAUAAAGGACUACUUGAGGUACCAGGUCAAAUAUAUGGAAGUCCUAUUUUUGAAGAUAGCCUCCAGGAUUAUAGCAGAUUUAAUUUAGAAUAUCCAGAUAAUUAG